AUGCUGCGCUUCCCGAGGGACCGCUUCCUCAUUUGCCUUUGCGGUGUGUAUUAUGCAGCCUUCGCUUCUAUCCGCUCACAAGUCCGCGGUCUCUACGGCGAAGAUGGCAUCGAGCCCGUGGACGUCUUCCUCCGCGGCGUAAAGCACCAGUAUGCAGGAUCGCGCGACGCUUCGACACUCAAGUGGAUCUUCAACAGAUUCCCGACGCUUGUGUGGCUACAUGAGCCGCUGCAGUGGAGCCCGAGCUUCUGCAUGGAGGUGAUUUGCCUGGUGGGCGUCACCGUGUCGGUGCUGGGCGUUCUACGGCCGGCGUGGCGCACUGCUGGACCGCUGGCGCUGCUGUGGUUCUGCUACUUGUCCAUCGUGCAGUGCGGCCAGACCUUCAUGCAAUUUCAAUGGGACUCGUUUCUGCUGGAGGUCGGCGUUCUGGCGGUGCUGCUAGCCCCGUGGUGGCAGCCGCACAACAAGACGGACAAUAUGUUCGAAACACCGGCGGCUGCGGUUUGGACGCUGCGCUUCCUGUUCUUCAAGUUCAUGAUCAUGUCCGGCGCUGUCAAGAUCCAGUCUCGCUGCCCUACAUGGCUUGGGCUCACUGCGCUGGACUUCCAUUUCGCGUCACAGCCUCUACCUCUACCUCUCGCUUGGUAUGCACUGCAGGCUCCGCCGAUUAUCAACCGCCUUGCUGUAGCAGUAACACUGCUGAUUGAAGGCCCCUGGACAUUCUUCUUGCUCGCGCCUCAUACCGCGUUGCGGAGGGUCGGUGCCAUUCAGCAAAUCGCGCUGCAGAUUUCCAUUAUCCUGACGGGGAAUUACAACUUCUUCAAUCUCUUGACCAUGGUUCUGGCGGGGGCUCUACUUGACAUCGACAGCCACACCGCCAAGGACAAAUAUCGCUACGCAAAGUCAACGACAACCACGCACAAGUCAUGGAUUACUCGAGUGGAGUGGGCAUGGUACACAUUUCAGACGCACCCGGCCGUCACGAAAGCAGCUUUAUUGGGCAGUCUCGGAUUUUGCGUCUACACAUGGCUGGAGGUCUUCGCAAUGACGACUCAGGAUGAUCCGUUCAAGGAGCAGCAUGGCUUCAUGGAGCUACUGCUAGCUACAAGGAUCCGAUUGCUACCAUCUGUGGAGGAUACCCAGACAUGGCUAGCGCUGAUUUUGCCGCGUUGUGUGCUGCUCGCCGCUACCCUCGUCGUAUGCUCAAGCUGCUGGCAACUUGUUCGCUCCACAUCCCGACGGGACCGCAGCUUUAAUGGCUCCAGGAAAAGGCUUGCUCUGCGAUCCAUGUACUUGCUGACGACGACGAUGGCAAGCUUAUGGGUCUUCACGAGCAGUGCGGCCACUCUGGCGGUGUUGGAUCAGUCCUACCAGCACUCACUGCCGUCUUUUGCUGUCUCGGUGUACCGCUCGACGGAAAAGUACCGCAUCACCAGCGCCUACGGGCUAUUUCGCACCAUGACGGGCGUGGGCACGGUUCAACUCGAGAAUGGACAACGUUUCUCGGUGGUUGCUCGACCGGAGAUCAUAUUGGAAGGCACGAAAGACGGCGGGCUGACAUGGGAAGAAUAUCACUUCAAGUACAAGCCGUGCGACGUGAAUGCCGCGCCGCGCUUGGUAGCUCCUUUCCACCCGCGACUGGAUUGGCAGAUGUGGUUCGCCGCACUGGGCGACUACCAAAGCGCACCGUGGCUUGUGCAUCUCGUGACCAAACUCUUGGAAGGCUCCCCAGGCGUGAAGGAGCUGCUCGACUCGACUCGCGACCCGUUUCCGGACGCCCCACCGGACGCCAUUCGAGCGCAGCUCUACUACUACGACUUCACGCGCCUGAACACGUCGUGGAACCAAGCUCUCCCGACGUCCAGGAUCCUGGACAACAGCAGCGACCCACAGUGGUGGACGAGGACCUAUGUGAGGGAGUACUUGCCAGCGCUGGAGCGUGGGAACCCGUCGCUCGCAGCGUUUGUGCAGCAGCACUGGCCGCAGGAGCCCACCCCAGUUCCCAAGCUUUCGCCGACGGUCUCAGCUACGCGUCAGUGGAUCGACCAGGUGCUGCAGUGGCUGUGCAGAUCCCCGUGGUCGCCCGUGGGUCUCGCGGCCGGCAUCAUGAUUGCCCUGUCCGGUGUUGCAACACUGUUCCGCUGCAGCAGUGAAACAGCCAAGUUGAAGCUCGAUUAA